AUGGCGCUGCAGAUUAUCGACAAUUCCGUCAGGCUCCGAAAGGGGCAAGGCGCGGCCCGCUUGGCGGCUUCCAUCCGCGCUGGUGAGGCUUACAUGGCUCCACAUCCUCACAUCACUGCCAGCUGCAUCGGCAUAGAUGACUCUGUAUAG